AUGGUCAACGCCCUGACUUUCCUGGCUCUUGCCAGCCCUGCCUUCGCCGGCGUUAUGCAGGCUCGCAGUGCCGACUACAUUCGCCCUGACUCUGCUACCACCACCAGCUCUGCUGUUGGUGAAUGGGUUCACCAGGCGGACGGCCACUCUUCGUGGUCUACCCCCUGCACCACCUCGACCACCACUCACUCGGUCAGCACCCACUCGGUUAGCACCCACUCGACUAGCACCCACUCGACUAGCAAGCCCACCACCCCGUGCACCACCUCGACCAAGCCCACUAGCCAUUCGACUAGCACUAAGCCUACUACUCCGUGCACCACCUCGACCAAGCCCACCAGCCACUCGACUAGCACCAAGCCUUCUCACACUCCCGUGAAGCCUAGCACCACCACCAAGGUUAUCACCAUUGUGACCACGACCCGCCCUGUCAAAUCGUCGACUGUCACCAAGGGAACAUCUACCUUCGUUAUCCCGAUCACCGAGACCAGCACCGUCACCCUGACCAAGACCCGCACCGAGCAGAAGUCUGUCACCUUCGUCAACUCCACCGUGCCUGCCACCAAGGAAACCUCCGCUGUCGUUGUGUCUACUCCUGUGCCUGUGUCUAGCGUCCCGGCUAAGCAGCCCUCUGCUCAGCCCUCUGGCCAGCCUGCCGUUCAGCCCUCUGGCCAGCCUGCCGUUCAGCCCUCUGGCCAGCCUGCCGUUCAGCCCUCUGGCCAGCCCGCCGUUCAGCCCUCUGGCCAGCCUGCCGCUCAGCCCUCUGGCCAGCCUGCCGCUCAGCCCUCUGGCCAGCCUGCCGUUCAGCCCUCUGGCCAGCCCGCCGUUCAGCCCUCUGGCCAGCCCUCUGCUCAGGCAUCUGCUCAGCCCGCCGAGUCCCAAGCCGCUGGCACCCCUGCUGAGGCCACCCCUGCUCAGCCCGAGGCCAGCUCUACCGGCGUCUUCACUGGUGCCGCCUCCAGCGUCAAGCCCGCUGCUGGCCUCCUGGCCGGUAUCGUCGGUCUGAUGGCUCUUCUGUAA